AGAACGUUUCAGGACGUCCAAGAUGCCAGGUCGGAUAACCGGCAAUGAAAAUCGAAUUGUUUACCGUUUUGCUCUAUUUGCUCUCAGGUGUUGUUAAAGCCCUCGAUAAGGAGAAAGUUAACUUGGCAAACUCUGAAUCUUGCCCAAUUUCUGCCCUUCAAGAUCAAUAUAAGGAUCAACUUGCAAUAGUUUGUAAGCCCGAAAUUGAUGAGAAUUUAGAUAAAUGCGAUCUGCCCACUUGGACUAAAGUGAAUACCACUGGUAUCUAUAAUAUCAGCAAUUCGAACAAAUAUAGAAUUUGGAGUAGUCAAAUUGGACAAAGACGAUAUCUCAGCGUCUUGAAUAUUCACGAUUUGAAUAGCUAUGACAUUGGAAAAUAUGAUUGUAGAUUAAACUGUAGAACUACACUGCCUUCUAAAGCUAAAGCUCCGAGUUUAGUGUACGGAGCUAGGAUUUGUCAACCGAUAAGUAAACAUGAACAAAUUUGCUCGGCCAACAUCAAAACCAGAGAUUAUAAUUUCUGUUUUGAACAAUUCAAAGAUGGUACUUGCUCAUUAAGCUGCAAAUCUGAUUUUCAUUCUGAUGGAUUCGACUGCGUUAGGUCAUCAGGGGAUCAGUGUAAAGAAGCUUGUUUAAAACAAUAUCAUAAUGGCUUGUGUAAAAGGGGAAACACAUGUCCAACUCCAUCGAAAUGCCAGAAGAAGAAAUGCAACUCUAACAUCAAGUUCUUUUCCGAUUCGCUUGUCGUCAAUUUUAUAACAACACCAUUGCCAAUUUUUGCGAUGAAGACCGUUCCCGAAAGAUUGAGCAAGGCACUUCUGACUCUAGUCACGCUAGACAAUAAUCGGCAAGAUAUCUAUGGUGAUGAUGUAACCUUUUUCUAUAAGGUUCAAAAGGGAUACUCAAAAUUUGGUAAACAGGAAACUUUCGAAGAAAUUGUAAAUUAUUUUGCUCUUCUGGAGUCGAGAGGACAUCUUUACAGCUCCAUUCGCAGUAUCAGAAGAACGAUGAACAGAGAAAAAUCUUGCCAGCAGAACACCAAGUCAUACUACAAUAUGAUUGAUUGGCAUUCUCUUCAAUCGAUUAGCAGAAGCCAUUCGAAAAGUCAUUCGAGUUUCUGGCAAUUCGACAAAUGGGUUCUCAUCGCAGUGGGAACUGGUGCGCUUUGUUUCUUCAUUCUUAUCGUUGCUGCCGUUGUUCUCUGCAAAACAAGGCAAGCUUCACGCCGUAAUAGGACUAUGAAUAUGCAUGAGUGUAGCGAACUAGAACGAAUAAGGUUGGCAAAAGGUUUGGGACCUGGUGCUGAAAUUUAGAGGUGUAUAUACAUGUAUUGUUUAUACAUAUAUGUACUACUUAUAUACAGUAUAUAUAUAUAUAUAUAUAGUGUAUAUACUUAUGUAUAUGUAUAAACAUAAUCCUAAAUAUAAAAAAUAUGCAUAUCUUACUUAUAUAUACACAUGUUAUAUAUAAAUAAUUCUGAGAACUUUAUUUCCAAGUCUGUUUUGUUUGUAAUUUUUUUUUGUUUAUUCUACGCUCUACUCCUCCUUCUCCUCCUUCUCCUCCUUCUCCUCCUACUCCUACUU